GCCAAGCUGGCGAACAUGGAAUCCUCCCUGCGGGACAAGGCCAAGGAUUUCGGGACCGUGCGCCGCUCCUACGAGUCCAUCUCCCGGCACAACAAGGCGGAGUCGGAGCGUCUGGAGCGGCAGGUGCACUGGGAGUUCGAGAAGCUCCACAAACUGCUGCGGGACGAGGAGCAGGCGCUGCUGGCGCAGCUGCGGGAGGAGGCGCGGAGGAAACACGACCAGAUCCAGGCCAAGAUGGAGCAGCUGGCGGAGGAGAGCCAGGCCCUGCUCCGCGAGGCCCAGCAGCUCCAGAGUGACCUCAAGGAGGACGAUUUCACCUUCCUGAUGGUAAUUCCGGCCGGGAUCCAUGGAGGGGUUCAUGGAUCCCCACUGAGCCAUGACCCUCCCAUAAAUCAUUCCCAUUCCCCCCCAGUCCCGUUCAGCCUGGACCCCAACUCGGCCGCGGGCUGGCUCUCCGUGUCCGAGGACCUCUCCAGUGUCUCCAGCGGCGGCUUCAAACUCUCCGUGGAGAACCCGGAGCGCUUCACCUCCGCCCCCUGCGUGCUGGGAUCCCGCGGCUUCUCCGAGGGCUUCCACACCUGGGAGGUGGACCUGGGCGGGCUGACCAAUUGGAGAGUGGGCGUGUCCCGGCCCCAGCGCGGCUCCCAUUGGACGUUCCACCACGAUUCCCAGUCGGGUUUUUGGUAUAUCUACCACCUCCCCGGGAAGGACGAGUGCCGUGCUUCCAACGCCGUGCGCUCCGAGGCGGCGCCGGGGAACCUGCGGCGCGUGCGGGUGGAGCUGGACUGCACCGAGGGCGAGCUGUCCUUCUACGACGCCGAGCGCCGCAGCCACGUCUACACCUUCCACGAGAAAUUCGGAGGCGUCGUUUUCCCCUAUUUCUAUGUGGGCGAGGCCCAGGGCGACGCCAAAGCCAAGACGCUGCGGAUCUGCCCACUCCGGGUCCGCGUCCACGAGGAUAUCCCGGAUUAGGGGUGUCCCAUUGCCUGGGGGGUUCUCCAGGUCCUUUCCCAGAUUUUCUAGGUGGGGUUCUCCGGGUCCUUUCCCAACUUUUCAGGAGGAUUCUCCAGGUCCUUUUCCAGAUUUUCAGGGGGCCUUUUCAAGCUUUUCUGGGGGGGUUCUCCUGGUCCUUUCCCAGAUUUUCUAGGGGGGGUUCUCCAGGUCCUUUUCCAGAUUUUCAGGGGGCCUUUUCAUGCUUUUCUGGUGGGGUUCUCCAGGUCCUUUCCCAGAUUUUCUAGGUGGGGUUCUCCGGGUCGUUUCCCAACUUUUCAGGAGGGUUCUCCAGGUCCUUUCCCAGAUUUUCUAGGGGGGGGUUCUCCAGGUCCUUUCCCAGAUAUUCUGGGAAGGGCUUCUCCAGGUCCUUUCCCAACUUUUCAGGAGGGUUCUCCAGGUCGUUUUCCAGACUUUUGGGGUGCCUUUUCCAGCUUUUCUGGGGGGGUUCUCCAGGUCCUUUUCCAGAUUUUCUAGGGGGUGUUCUUCAGGUGCUUUUCCUGCUUUUCAGGGGGCGUUUUCCAGGUCUUUUUUCAGUUUUUCUGGGGGGUUUUUCCAGGUCUUUUUUUCAGUUUUUCUGGAGGGCUUUUCCAGGUCUUUUUCCUGCUUUUCUGGGUGGCUUUUCCAGGUUUUUUUCCAGCUUUUCUGGAGGGCUUUUCCAGGUCUUUUUUCAGUUUUUCUAGGGGGCUUUUCCAGGUCUUUUUUUUUCAGUUUUUCUGGGGGGUUUUUCCAGGUCUUUUUUCAGUUUUUCUGGGAGGCUUUUCCAGGUCCUUUCCCAGCUUUUCAGGAGGGUUCUCCAGGUCCUUUUCCAGAUUUUCUAGGGGGCAUUCUUCAGGUGCUUUUCCUGCUUUUCUGGGGGCGUUUUAGUUUUUUGGGGGGGCUUUUCCAGGUCCUUUUCCAUUUUUUUUUUUGGGCGGGCAUUCCCAGCAUUCCCAGGUCUUUUUCCAGCUUUUCUGCGGGCUUUUCCAAAUCCUUUUCCAACGUUUCAGGAAGGGCUUUCUCAGGUCUUUUUCCAGCUUUUCAGGGUGGGUUCUUCAGGUGCUUUUCCUGCUUUUCUGGAGAGCUUUUCCAGGACCUUUUCCAGCCUUUCUGCGAGGGUUCUCCAGAUCCUUUUCCAGCUUUUUGGGGGGCUUCUCCAAGUCCUUUCCCAUCUUUUCGGGGGUGGUUCUCCAGGUCCUUUUCUGGAAAAGCUUUUCAGGUGCUUUUCCCAGAAAAGAAAAACAAAAAAAACCCAAAAGCAGCGGGGACAAGAAGAAUGUGUUUUUGUAGUGCUUCAGGCUUUUAUCAUUAAUAAAUAUUAAUAAACUCUUCCCGUGUGGUUCCAUUCCCAAAUCC